ACACCCCCUCCUACCUGCAGAGCUGGAUCCCCGGGCUCACUGAGUACCUGCACCUCCCAAACUCACAGCCAACUCGUAGGAGACUCUGAGAAAGACCUCAUCCCCGGGGUCCCUGCAUUUGACACUGACACCCUGAGGAAGCCAGGAGACAAUGAGCUCCCUGUUCAAGAAACGGACCACUGCCAAGUUCAGCCCGAAUGCUGCGCAGCCCAAAGUGGUCUCCUCCAGCAAGGAACUGUCCGAGCUCAUCGACCGACUGCAGAAAAAUGCCGACCAAGUGGAGCGCUACAUCGUGGACACCGACGCCAAGCUGCAGAAGGAUGUGGAGAAGAUUAAGGCUUCCCAGCCUGUGAUGCACAAGGAGGCCACCAACAGCAACAUCUCGGAGUCUGAGAGGAUCGUUGUGGUGCUGGAAACGGAUGCCCUGCUGUCUCGUCAUCUCAAUCACCCACAGGCAGAAAUGAUUCAGGAGGACAUCCGGCAGCUGAAGGAACGUCUUGCCACCCAGAGACAGAAGCACGAUCAGAUCUACAAUCAGAAGGUUGCCGCCUUAGAUGCCCCAAAAGUCAACUGGAGCAAAGUCAUAGAUGACAAGAUGGACCAACUCAACAAUACUGGCUUUGCCACCGACUUGCCAAACGUUGAGAACCAGAUCAUGGAGCACAACGUGGUUCACAAUGAGAUCAGGGCCGUGGGAGACCACAUUAACAAAGACGGCGACAAGGAAUACAUCAGCGGACUACAAGUCAAGUAUCAUAAACUCUUGAGUGCAUCCCAGAAGCGCCAGCGGGAUUUGGGCAGCCUGCAGGACUACAUGCAGCGCUGCACCAAUGAGCUGUACUGGCUGGACCAACAAGAGAAGGAACGCAUGGAGUAUGACUGGAGCGACCGCAAUACCGACUACAUCAGCCGCAGGAGGCAAUAUGAGAACUUUAUCCAGAGGAGUCUAGAAUCCAAAGAAGAUGAAAUCAACAAGCUGCAGGAAGAGGGCGAGAAGGUGCUGGCAGACGGGCACCCGGCAAAGGUCCCAAUAGAGGCCCACAUGGAUGCUGUACAUGCCGAUUGGAAAGAGUAUCUAAACCUCCUGAUCUGUGAGGAGAGCCAUCUGAAGUACAUGGAGGACUACCACCAGUUCUACAGAGACGCGAAGGAUAGCCAGGACCUGCUGAAGAAAGUGGACACGGACCUGGACCUUAAGUACAGCCCAGACUUCAAAGACAAAUACCAGGUUGAAGCACAGCUGAGAGAACUUGAGGACCAGGACAAGGCUCUGGAUAAGUACGAAGAUGUUGUGCAAUCCAUCCAGAAGCACAGUCACCAGGUGGUACCCCUGAAGUUCCGCCGGGAGACCCCACUGAAGCCUGUCCCGGUGGUGGCCCUAUGUGACUUUUACGCCGACGAGGGUGAGAUUAGACGAGGGUCACAGUACACUCUGAAGAACAACAGGGGGGAAAAGUGGGAGGUCACAGACGGCAAUGGGAAGAAGCUGGUUGCACCGGGCGUCUGCUUCAACAUCCCCCCGACUGACCCUGAAGCCGUGGCACUUGGCGACAGUCUCAUGAACCAGUACCGAUCCACAAAGCAGAAAGCAGCAGGCAGCAGGAAAGCUCUCCUCCAGCGCCUUGAGGACGUGAAGCGGGAAUCGUCAGCUACCACCAAUGCCCAGGAGACACAGGGACGACAGAUGCUUGCCGGACUGGACCGCGUCAUCUCUGAUCUGGACAGGCAGGAGAAAGCCAUCAGUUCCCAACUCCGGCCACCACUGGAUCAGAAUCGUGCUGUGCAGGAUAGCUCAGAGAGGUUGAAUGAGCUUAAGAAUGUUGCCAAUAAUGUGCGUCGGAUAGAGCCAGAGAAAACUCAGAAGGUUCAAGAGUGCGAGGUCUAUCUGUCCAAAUCUCCAGAGGUCUCCAGCACGCCCAUCCUGCGCAGCAAAAUCAGUGAAACCAACAAAAAAUAUGACAAGGUCAACGAGCUUCUGAACUGCUCCCAAGACAAGAUUGAGGCAGCCAAUCGUUUGGAAGGCAGCUUGCAGAAGAGCAAGGACCUCCUGGCCACCUAUGAGAACAAGCUCUGCCAGGAUGACACUGUGCCAGAGGACCCACGUGCUGUGGACAAUAAACUUGUGGAACUGUCGGCGAUGAGUUCCGAGCUGCAGAAGGGAAGAGGUGUCCUUGCAGAAGCUGAGAAGGAUCUGCAAAAAAGCAAACUGUGCUGCCAGAAUGCGGCCAAUCGUUUCCAGGAGCAUUGUCCCGAUAUUGAGCGUCAGGAGGCUGAAGUGUCCAAACUCAACCAACGCUAUUCACAGCUUGACCAACAGAUUCAGAGCAGGUCUCAGGCCUUGCAGAAAGCCAAGACUGCCUACACGAACUACCGCAAUGGCUACGACCAACUUGACGGGUGGCUACGUGAUGUUCCCAACUACGAGCCCAAAGACUCUGACAGCGUCAAGCAAGUGGAGACCAAACUGAACAACCAACGGCGACUAGUGGGUGAGAUAGCCGACCGUGAGCAAGAUUUGGAUCACGUGACCAGCAGCUCACAGCAAUACCAGCAUGCAGUGAAGGAUUAUGAACUGGAUGCUGAGAAGCUGCGGUCGGUCCUGGAUGUGGAGAACAGGAGAAGUUCCUAUCCUAAACGGUCCAGAGUCUUGUCGCCUGCCAACAAAGUGAAGGAGGAGGAGGCAGAUUUGUCUGCGAGGUUUACGGAGGCCAGCGCCAUCAACAAGCAGAGGGUGCAGACCCUGGAAUUUGCUCAGAAUCUACUGCGUCAGCAGCCAGAAGUGGAAAUGCGACAAGAGUCAGUCCAGAUGGUUCGUUCUGAGAGACCCCCUGCAGAGACUUGGAAAAUUCAAAAUAUGCUGGAUGAUGAGAUGCAGCGUCGUCAGCAACUAGAAUCUGAGAUUAGGAGCAGCCAGGAGGAGAUAAUUUACCUCCAGAAUCAGAAACCUCAAGAGACCAUUGUAAAGAAAGAAGUUCUGAAGAAAGUACCAGAUCCUCAGCUGGAAGAAGAAUACCAUAAGGUCCUUGAAAAAUUUUCGGAAGAAGGGCGUAAAAAUAAAUCUUUGCAGGAUGAAUUGGAAGCCUUGAGACUGAAGGUUCGGACCUUAGAGUAUGAGCAAAAGGAAGGCGGGCAGGAGUAUAUAGUAAAGGAGGUUCUAAGGAUUGAGAAAGACAGAGAGCAGCAGGAGGAUUUCCGAAGGCUCAAAGAAGACUUGGAGGAAAUGAAUCGACAAAAGAGCACAAAGCAGAAUGAGAUUUCCAACUUGAAAGAACGCAUUCUAAUCUUGUCACAAGAAAAGAACAAACCCCAAGAAAAGAUCACAGAGAAGGAAGUUGUUAAGCUUCAAAAUGAUCCUCAGCUGGCCUCAGAAUAUAGGAUACUCCAGGAGAACAUGCAAAGAGAGAAUGCCCAGCGGCAAAAGGAGGAGGAAGAGUUGCAGCUCCUACAGGAGAAGUUGAAACGCUUGGAGAAGGAGCGAGCUAUGGCUGAAGGCAAGAUUACAGUAAAGGAAGUGUUGAAGGUAGAGAAGGACCUUGCUAGCGAGAGGGAAGUAUCUGACCUUCGUAGGCAGUACGAGGACGAGACGUCAAGGAUACGCAUUACCCAACGAGAAAAAACUGAGCUAAUACGCAAGAUAAGUAUUAUGGAGGAGGAUAAUGCCAAAGUUGUAAUCCAAGAGAAGGUACGCGAGAUCAUUCGACCAGAUCCUAAAGCUGAAAGUGAAUUGGCCAACUUGCGGGUUGAGCUGAUUGAGCAAGAGAGGAAAUAUCGUGCUUCAGAGGAGCAACUGAAAAUCUUCCAGAGCGAACUGCAAACCCUCAAAGCACGCGGUCCAGAAGUUGAAGUGAAAGAGAUAACCAAAGAAGUCAUAAAGCACAAGACAGAUCCAGAGGUCUUGUCUGAACUAGAGAGGCUCCGUGGGGAGAUUCUAGAUAAGACUAGGGUGGUGGAACGCUCUGAGCUGGAGAACAAUCAGCUUAAGCAGGAGAUAAAAAGCUGGAUGGAUACCAAACCUCAGGUGCAAGUUAAGGAGGUGGUUCAAGAGGUUCUACAAUAUCGUGAAGACCCUGACACCAAGAAGGAGGUUGAAACCUUACGAGCCAAGUUGGCUGAAGAGCAGAGGAAGCGCAUUGACUUAGAAAAUGAAAGAAUGACCCAAGAAGAGAAGAUCAGGCAGAAAGAAAAUGAGCUGUCGCAAGUGAGAGAGAAAGUGGUGCAGCAGGAGGUGGUGAAAUAUGAAGAGGAUCCUAUGUUGAAGUCCGAACUCAACAGUUUUUCGAAGAGUAUUCAAACUGAGCUUAAACAAAAGGAUUCUCUGCAAGAGGAGUUGCACAAGUUGCAGUGGAGGAAGUCAGAGCUUGAACGUCAGCUUGAAGAACUUGAAAGAGAACGACAGUCCAGGCGUGAAGCAGAGCUGGAAAUCCAGAGGCUUAAAUACAGGUUGAAUGAACUGGAGCAGCGAGAGAUUGAGACAAAAGAAAAAGUGACACUGAAGCAAAAGGUCAUCCUACAGCAAGAUCCCCAGCAAGAGAAAGAGCACAACAUGCUAAAACUUCAAGUGGAAGAGGAGAGGCACAGAAGGCAAAUUCUUCAGACUGAACUGGAUGCACUAAGGAAAAAGCUCAUUACGCUGGAGAAGAUGGAGGUGAAGGAAAAGGUCGUUUUCACAGAGAAAAUAGAGGUUGAGAAGGAUGCAGAGACCGAGCAAGAAAUACAGAGGCUGAAGUGCAUGAUGGAGGAAGAGAGCAAGCGCAAGCGAGAUUUAGAAGUAGAGGUUGAACGCCUGAAUGCGCAUCUUUCAGAAACAGAAUUCAACAAUUCCAAAUCCAACAAGGAACUGGAAUACCUGAGAGAGGAAGUCCACAAACUUCAGAUGGAAAAACAAAGUCUACAGCUGGAGACCCGCCACCUGCAUUCAGAGAUUGAGAUUACCAUAAAGGAAGCCCAGGGCCUGAGAAGCUUAACUCAAGUUGACAGCGGCGUUAACCUAGAUUCUCGUUUGGCUUCUUUGGAACAAGAGCUGAGGGGUCUACAGAAAAUCUCUCAAGACAAAGAUGCAGAAAUUGAACAGCUAAACAAACGCCUGGAGACCAUGCAGGUCAAGAGGGAACAGAGAGAGAACCAUCUCCGCCGUUCUAUUGUCGUCAUUGAUCCUGACACUGGCCGGGAGAUGUCACCCGAGGAAGCUCGCAACUUGGGCUUGAUCGACUGGAAAAUGUUUGUCAACUUACAAAGCCAGGAAUGCGACUGGGAAGAGACCACUAUUAAGGGGCCAAACGGCGACUCCUCAGUUAUCCACGAUAGAAAGUCGGGCAAGAAAUUCAACAUAGAAGAUGCCCUAAGGAACGGGCGCAUUACCAAACGUCAAUACGAGAAUUACCUCAACAAAGAGAUGUCCAUCCAAGAAUUUGCAGCCUUAGUUUCUGGGAAGUGAGCUUGAGCUGCCUGUAAUUCCGCUGACGGCGGGCAAAAUAUGGACAUUGAACAGAGAUACAGCUGCCCUUUAAUAGGUCUGUUACCUUUUAUCAAUAG